AUUGCCGGUCAAAAGCUCUAAUUUAAAGUUUUGCGGCGAAAAGUUUGCGUUCAGUAUGAUUGAAGCAGAUUCAUUGAAUCCGAUAUAAUUUGAUAUAAUAUAAUUUGAUUAAAUCCUAAGCUAUCCGAAUUAAAGUUUAAUAUUAAAGGUGGCUUAAAGCUGUGGCCAUGCACUUACACAUCCUAUCAUCCUAUGGCGUGUGCCGUGCGUAUAGAAAUGCCAACAGCUAGCAAGCUCUGAGAAUUUAAUCAACUUGAAAGGAUUCACUCCUUCGAAAGCCUUAAUUACAUGGCUCUUUAAUAUGGCCUGCGAUGUCGAGUAUUUAUGCAGGUGUCCAGGGUCAUUAGGCAAACAGUUUAAGCAAUGGAACCGACACUGACAGCCAGACCGGAAAAACAGGGAACCUCGUUGUUCCUGUUGAAGAGCUUCGCCAGGAGUCUGCGGCAGUUCCUUAACCAGACCAGUCUGCAUGGACUGAAGUUUGUGGGCGAUUCCAGUCUCAGCAGCUGGGAGAGAUCAUUUUUUCUUGGCUCCUUUGUCACCGCCCUCAUCAUCACCGUGCACUUAAUAUCGAACAUCUAUGUGAAGUGGGACAGCACUCCGGUUAUAAUCGGCAUCAGUCCACAGGCCACCUCCAUUUUGAAGGUACCUUUUCCGGCAAUAACCAUCUGCAAUAUGAACCAGGUGCAGAGGAGUCUGGUGGCCAACUACAGAGAGGGCUCCAAUGAGAGUGCCCUUCUGAAGGUUUUAUGUGAAUCGGGUGGCUGGGAAUCCAGUCCGACUGAUGAGGAGUUCUCCGCUUCGAAGUACGCCACGAAUAACCUGAAGAUAUCCGAGUUUGUGUCAAACCACUCGCAGUCCUGCGAGAGGAUGUUGCUCUUCUGCAGAUUCAGUGCCGUGGAGCGGAACUGUUCGAAACUGUUCCAGCAGAUCCUGACGGAUGAGGGCCUAUGCUGCGUCUUCAAUUUUCAGCCACCCGAAUAUCUCUACAAGCCAUUUACAAUGAAUAGCCGGAACUUGACGAAUGCAGAUGGGUACGAAAGUGUUAUGUGGGAUCCGGAGUCUGGUUAUCCGGAUAAAUUGCCCCCCAAAUUCUAUCCAGCUCCAGCUAGUGGCACUGGUAUCACCUUGGGAUUUACAGCCGUACUUCAUGCUGAAAUGGACGAAUAUUAUUGCUCCUCGACCAAUGGACCUGGUUUUAAAGUUUACUUUCACAAUCCCGUCGAAGUGCCGAAGGUGAAGGAGGCGGGUCUCAUCUCGGCCAUUGGCUACGAGACCAACUAUCGGAUCGAGAUGAUUCGAGCCGAGGCGGUUCCGGCAAUUCGAUCGAUAUCCCGCGAUGGCCGGCAAUGUCUGUUCAAGAACGAAAAGCAGCUGAUCUUCUACCGGAUCUACACGCGGCUCAACUGCGAGAACGAGUGCCUGGCCGCCUUCCUCUACGAGACCUGCUCCUGCAUUCCGUUCGACCAUCCGCUAAUCUACAGCAACGCCAGCAUCUGCUCCAUGGGCGACACGUCCUGUGUGCGGCGGGCCCAGAGGGCGUCCAAUCGACCUGGUUGGGCCAAGUGCCGCCAACAGUGCCUGCCCAGCUGCUUCGAUCUCAAUUACUUGGCCAGCGGCUUUUCCUUUCCGCUGGCCUCCAACAACUUUCAGCUGGCCAACGCGCUGGUGGAGAGCUUCAACAAGUCCUAUCUCAGCGAGAAUAUUGCGGUGAUAAACGUUUAUUUUCGGGAGUCGGUCUACUACGGAAACACCAAGAAUGCCUACGUGGGAUUGACCGAGUUCUUAUCUAAUGUCGGCGGCGUAAUGGGUCUGUUCAUGGGCUUCAGUGUCAUAUCUCUGGCGGAGAUCCUGUACUUCUUGAUCUUAAAACCCCUUGCGGAGCUUUUCGUUUGGAAGAGGUCAUCCCAUGUGGACUCAGAAAGUAGUCUCAAGCAUAAUGCCUUCGGUAUUGAACAAAAGCAAUCUUCAGAUAACCCAAGUUUCUUUCACCCAAAAGAGCUAUAUCCCAAAGGUUUUUCCCCAGGAGUCUAUGAAAAAGAGAAAAGUAUGAAAGGAUUCAAUUAACAAUAAACUCCUGAGUUGGAAAACAAAUCUAAUGAUUUGAAUAAUUGAAUUAGAACGGGAACUAACAAAAAUCAGGAACUUAAUAAUAAAUAUUAAUUUGAUCAUUAUUAUACAAAAUAUAAUAAAGUUGUGGAACAUGAUUAUGUAACA